GCGGGCCGGGCGGUUGGCCGGCAGCGGCAGAGGCUCAUGGCCAUGGAGUGGGGUUUGGAGUCGGCGGCCGUGAGGCGGCACCGCGUUGGAGCCGAGCGUCGGGAGGACCCGGCGGCGGCAGCGCUGCAGCCUGAGAGGGAGGCCCCGACGCCGGGGCCCCAGGUGGCCACGGGCGGCGGCGGCGGCGCGAGGACGCGGAAGCGGAGCCCCGGCGGCGGCGCGGGGACUGGGUUGUCCGAGGCGCGCGCCGCGCUGGGGCUCGCGCUCUAUCUGCUCGCGCUGCGGGCGCUUGUGCAGCUCUCGCUGCAGCAGCUCAUGCUGUGCGGAGCCUUGGGGAGUCACGAGGAGUUCGACGCGCGCCAAGCCAGGGAUUAUCUUGAACAUAUAACAUCCAUUGGUCCCAGGACUACAGGAAGUCCCGAGAAUGAAGUUCUGACAGUGCGCUAUCUUUUGGAGCAGAUUAAGCUGAUUGAAGAUCAAAGCAAUAGCAUCCACAAGAUUGCAGUGGAUGUGCAAAGGCCCACAGGCUCCUUUAGCAUCGACUUCUUGGGAGGUUUCACAAGCUAUUAUGACAACAUCACCAACGUUGUGGUGAAGCUGGAACCCAGAGGGGGAGCCCAGCAUGCUGUCCUGGCGAACUGUCAUUUUGACUCAGUGCCAAAUUCACCAGGUGCCAGUGACGAUGCUGUCAGCUGUUCAGUGAUGCUGGAAGUCCUCCGUGUCUUGUCAACAUCUUCUGAAGCCCUUCAUCAUGCUGUCAUAUUCCUCUUUAAUGGUGCUGAGGAAAACGUCUUGCAAGCCAGCCAUGGUUUCAUUACUCAGCACUCCUGGGCCAGUUUGAUUCGUGCAUUUAUUAACCUGGAGGCAGCAGGUGUAGGAGGGAAAGAACUUGUGUUUCAAACAGGUCCUGAAAAUCCUUGGUUGGUCCAAGCUUAUGUUUCAGCAGCCAGACAUCCCUUUGCUUCUGUGGUGGCUCAGGAGGUGUUUCAAAGUGGAAUCAUUCCUUCAGAUACGGACUUCCGUAUCUUCAGGGACUUUGGGAACAUUCCAGGGAUAGACCUAGCUUUUAUUGAGAAUGGAUACAUUUAUCACACUAAGUAUGACACAGCAGACAGAAUUCUGACAGAUUCCAUUCAGCGAGCAGGUGAUAACAUUUUAGCAGUUCUUAAAUAUCUCGCUACAUCUGAUAUGCUGGCUUCUUCCUCCAAGUAUCAACAUGGGAAUAUGGUCUUCUUUGAUGUGUUUGGCCUUUUCGUCAUUGCCUACCCCUCCCGUGUUGGCUCGAUAAUUAACUACGUGGUGUUCAUGGCUGUUGUUUUGUACCUGGGCAAAAAAUUGUUGCAGCCCAAACAUAAGACUGCUCACUACACGAAGGACUUCUUCUGUGGGCUUGGCAUCACUCUGAUAAGCUGGUUUACCAGCCUCGUCACUGUUCUCAUCAUAGCAGUGUUUAUCUCUUUUAUCGGACAGUCUCUCUCAUGGUACAACCACUUCUAUGUUUCCGUUUGUCUGUAUGGAGCUGCAGCUGUAGCCAAAAUAAUAUUCAUACACACCCUCGCCAAAAGAUUUUAUUAUGUGAAUACCAGUGACCAGUAUCUGGGAGAGCUGUUUUUUGACAUCGCGCUGUGUGUGCAUUGCGUUUCUCUUUUUAUACUCACUUACCAAGGACUCUGCUUGGCGUUUCUUAGUACCAUCUGGGUAGCAUUUCCACUGCUCACAAAGCUUUUGAUGCACAAGGAUUUUAAACAGCAUGGUGCCAGAGGAAAAUUCUUGGUGGUUUACCUUUUGGGGAUGUUUAUCCCUUACCUGUAUGCAUUGUACCUCAUCUGGGCAGUGUUCGAGAUGUUCACCCCCAUCCUCGGGAGGAGUGGCUCACAAAUUCCACCUGACAUUGUGCUGGCUUCCAUUCUAGCUGGUUGUAUAAUGAUCCUCUCUUCCUAUUUUAUCAACUUCAUCUACCUCGCCAAAAGCACAAAAAGAACCAUAGUAACUUUAAUUUUGGUUUGUGCUGUUACCUUCCUCCUUGUCUGCAGUGGAGCGUUUUUCCCCUAUAGCUCUGAUCCUGCUAGCCCGAAGCCUAAGAGGGUGUUCCUGCAGCAUAUGACUAGGACAUUUCAUGACUUGGAUGGAAAUGUGGCUAAAAGAGACUCUGGAAUAUGGAUCAAUGGGUUUGAUUAUACUGGAAUGUCUCACAUCACACCACACAUUCCUGAGAUCAACGAUACCAUCCGAGCUCACUGUGAGGAGACAGCACCCCUCUGUGGCUUCCCGUGGUAUCUUCCAGUGCAUUUUCUGAUCAAGAAAAACUGGUAUCUUCCUGCCUCAGAAGUUUCUCCAAGAGACCGUACUCAUUUCAGACUUCUAUCCAAAGAACAGACACCCUGGGAUUCUAGGAGGUUGACCUUUGAAGCAACAGGCCCAAGCCAUAUCUCACUCUAUAUCCGAACUCACAAAGGGUCAGUGCUCACCCAGUGGUCUCUCGGCACUGGCAACCCAGUCACAAGUAAAGGUGGGGACUACUUUGUAUUUUACUCCCAUGGACUGCAGGCCCCUCCAUGGCAAUUCUGGAUCGAAGUACAGGUCUCAGAAGAGCAGCCGGAAGGAAUGGUCACUGUGGCCGUGGCUGGCCACUAUUUCUCUGGAGAAGACAAGCGAUCCCCCCAGCUGGAUAUGCUGAAGGAGAGGUUCCCUGAUUGGACAUUUCCCUCUGCCUGGGUGUGCACCUAUGACCUCUUUGUGUUUUAAUCUGUGGAUGAGUUCCAAGUGCGUGCUGACUGGCGUACUCCAUGGGACCUAGUUUCUCCCUGUGGGAUGUCGAUGUUUGUGACCUAAGCCGUUGAAUUUUAAUGUGAUCAGAGAGCUGUGUGAGUUAACAUUUCUGGGCCAAGCACUCCGAAGGUUAUGCUGUGGGCAGCAAUGCAUGGCCUUUUACACUUGAAAAUGCCAGUAUUCUGGCGCUUGAGCACAUGUGGGUACUAUACACAUACGUCAUUUUAUAUGCCUAAGGACAAAAGCCAACAAACCACUUCAAUAACUGUUCCCUCAGGAUCAUGAAAGAUGUCCAAGGUACUGUCAGGCCACUGUUAAUGAGAAAAAUUUCAUUUAUAAUUAAAGCCCAAGACCAUUUGUUUUGUCAGUAAGUGAUGAUAAAAUACGGUUCACUG